AUGGUUCUUUCGCUAAACUGUAUUAUUCUAGGUGACACUACUACAUUCCCGAUUGAACUUGGCAAUCAAGUCAUCAUAGGUGAUAUGCAAUAUGAUGUUGACGAAUUCAGAAUUUCAAACUUCAAGAAGUUUAUCUGGUCAGAGAAAAAAGAAAGUAAACUUAGUGGUAUUAAUGAUCCUGACUAUUUGGUCCUUUGGAAGGUUGAUGUCAAAAAAGACAAGAUUGAAGGUAUUUAUACCACAGAGCACAUAAAGAAUAAACUCAAUGGCAAGAAGAUGGAAGAGGAGAAUUUUAUUCCUAAUUAUUUUGAUGUUAAACAACGUCCUGAUACGAACAUUCAUAUUAUCGUAGUCCAUUCCAUUGAUCUUGAAAGAAAAAGGAAGACAGUUCUUGAUAACCUUCGGAAGAGACCUAGGACACUUCCAAAUGUUGAAUCUCUUAAAGUACUUGUUGAUAAGGAAAUCCCUGAAGAAAUUAAGUUACCUCUCACUCAAC